GGUAUGCUGCUCAUAUAAAAAGUUUGCACUACUUAUUUCUGUUCAUUUUAACACCGGUUAAUCAACAUGAAGUGGCUCAAUUUUUCAGUGCAAUUAAUUUUUUGUCUGCCCAGUUUUUUGGCUACAUUUAAUCCUUAUAGAAGAAAUGUGGAGUUGCUUAAUCACGAACCAGUAUUAGGAAUAUGUUCAAAAAACGAGUUGGCUUCUGUCGAGGAACUUUGGUUGGACCAGAAAGUGGAUCAUUUCGAUAAGAACAACAAUAGAACCUGGAAAAUGCGUUAUUAUCGUAACGCCAAGCAUUUCAAGCCCCAAGGACCCAUUUACAUAUUCGUGGGAGGUGAAUGGACCAUCAGUCCAGGAUUAUUAAGCACUGGAUUAACCCACGACAUGGCAGUGGAAAACUCGGGAAUGCUUUUCUACACCGAGCACCGCUACUAUGGACUGAGUUUACCUUUUGGCCAUGAGAGUUACCAAUUGAAUAACCUUAAGCAACUGAGUCUUCAUCAAUCAUUGGCUGACUUGGCUCACUUCAUACGCCACCAAAAGUCUAAUGGCCCCGAAAUGGAGGACUCCAAAGUUAUUUUGGUUGGCGGCUCUUAUUCGGGCAGCUUGGUGACCUGGAUGACUCAACUGUAUCCGGAUUUAAUAGCUGCCAGCUGGGCCUCCAGUGCACCAUUAUUGGCGAAAGCGGAUUUUUUUGAAUACAUGGAAGUAGUCGGCAAAUCAAUACAAUUGAGCUAUGGCAAAAACUGCUCUUUGCGUAUCGAAAAGGGUUUCAAAUUCUUGGCAAAGCUAUUUGAUGGCGAUGAAAUUCAGGAGCUGCUCUAUAAUCUUAAUGGCUGCGAGGGUUAUAGUCCCAAGAAUCCUUUGGAUAGGGCAGCUUUCUUCAAUGGACUGGGAAACUAUUUUGCUUUAGUGGUGCAAAGUUAUAGUGCUUAUAUACCCCGGCUUUGUGAGACUUUGAUGAGCCUAGAUUCCAGUGAUGAGCUGGCAUUCAUAGAAUUCUUAAAACUACUCUAUUCGGAAGGAAGGCGCUCCAGUGAUUGCCAGGACUUUGGCUACUCAUCCAUGCUAGAACUUUUCACCGAGGAUUCAGUUCAAAGUUCGGAAACUCGCGCCUGGUUUUAUCAAACCUGCAAUGAGUUUGGCUGGUACACAACUACAAAAUCCAAAUCAUCUGCGUCCCAAGCCUUUGCCAAUCAGGUGCCCCUGGGCUACUUCGAACAACUUUGCCAGGAUGCGUUUGGAGCGGAACAGACUGCCCAGCAAUUGGCCCAGGGCGUUGAGCAGACGAAUAGCAAAUUCGACGGAUUCGGGUUCAAUCAGAGCGAGCGUUAUGCUCAGGUAAUCUUCACGCAUGGCGAACUGGAUCCGUGGAGUGCUCUGGGCCAGCAAAAGGGCGACCAGGCUAUAGUCCUGACGGGCUACUCGCACGUCGAGGAUUUGGCCAGCAUCCGGGUGACGGACAGCGUGCAGAUGAAUCUGGCCAAGCUGCGUGUUAUGUCCUUUCUGCGACGCCACAUAUGA